AAAAGAAGUCUUAGAUUCAAAUGAACUGUGUUGGAACUCUUAAAUUAAAUAGUCUUAAAUUACCCGAACUCAUUUAAAAUGUGCAUUUGAUAGCAGAAAAGAAAAUAUUUUGUAAAUAGAUACGAAUGGUGAUAUCAGUGCCAGCCAGAAGCCUUAUCGCAGUUAAUCAAUAUGCUAACAACACCAUGAAUCAUUCAAGUACUUGCAGCAGUUACGGCUCUGCUUCGUGCUCGUUCAUUUUAAUUCCGUGUUGACGUUGAAGUAGAACAGCAACAAACCUCGAUUAUGGCUACGAUGGAACCUAAGAUUGACUUCUUCAAGAUGAAACCGUUUCCCGCAAUUGAUAAUCGGAACAUUAAAAGUCAAAUCAUCACAACUGCAUUCCUUGAAUCAGCCAACCAAGUAAUUGAAAGUAUAGAAUCAUUCGGGCGAUUGUUCUCACCAAUAGUCAAAGACAUGCGUGGUAACGUAAAGAGAUUGCAGGCCAAAUAUAAUGAAAACGAGAAGGAUUUUUACUAUCUUGAAGAUUUAAUACUGUAUGAUAAGAAUGGCAAUGGCAUAUUAUUCGAUACCGUAACGGAAGGGUUGCUGUGGUUAAAACGUGCAUUAGAAAUGAUCGAAAUGUUUUUUAGAAACAUGCUGAAUGAUCCAUCUGCCAGUGAUACUGUGAAACACCAUCUGAGGAAAGCAUACGAAAUAACUUUACUACCCUAUCAUGGUUAUUUGGCUCAGAAAGGAUUUCAGAUUCUUCAUCAUUAUGUUCCUUCUAGGACUACACUUCUGGGUUCAUCAGACUCAAAUGAAAAAAAUAUGGAAGCUCUAUCAAAAUUCCUUGUCACUUUUAGAGCCAACAUAGAUUACUUAAAUCGCUUCUUUGAUGAACAUAAUUUAAAUAAAACCUAUAAGAUAUAAUAAAGUAAAAAAAUCACUCGCACGAAUAUAUUAAUGUUAAUUUUGAAGCUUUCCAUGAGCGAAUUGGAACUGUUCACGGCGGAAGUGUGAUGCGCGACGAAUUGCAGCGAAGCUCAAAAUAAGUUGUGCGAAUAACAAAAAGCAAUGGAAUGCAUUAAAAACUAAACAUAUAUUAUGCUUUAAAACUUGUUCACUAAUCAACAUGUACGUUUGAAGAGGAGUUUGUAUGAACAUAGAUAUUAUCCAAAAUCCGGCAAAGUCAGGUAUCUACAAAAAAUUACAUAUUUCAAUAAUAGAAAAAAAAAUUAUUAAAGAUGUAUAUACCUUGUCUAAAAGAUUUCCUGAGUAACCCAAAUACAGUCGAAGACAUUCAGUGGGAGCUGCUACAGAUAGACACAAUAUUGACAAAACGCGGUUGGUUUUCGAAAGGUUCCAAAACUAAAUGUAUAGACAAUUUAGAUAUAAAUAGUUUAUAAUUCUUUUAUACGCGACAUACUGCUUACUUCGUGAUAAAAAGUAAUGACAUCAGAAGCUAACCAAAAUCCACAAAAAUACACAUUGAUGAAUAGUAGGAAUUGAACCCAUACAUUUGCAAAGUAACGUACUUCUAAAAGACAAGAAAACAUAAUUCAUGUAUUAUCAGAUAUAGAAUAUGAAAAUAUCAAAUGAAUCACCUCGAUAAUCUGAAUCUUGUCUACAUACAUUACUAGACAACAUUUAUUGCUUUCAAAACCAUUCACCUCUGAACUUAUGUUGUUUUUGUUUGUGAAACCUGGAUUUGACCCAGCGUAGUUUCUUCAAACUAUUUUCACGAAACUGAUUUGUGUUCACAAUACGCAGCGGGGAUGUGAAAGAACUCGACAGAAUAGUCAAGUUCAAAACUGACCCGAAAUUUAGUUCAAUGACUUUGAAACUGUCUUCUAAACUAUGGCUUGAAACAAACUGUUUGGAAGCAAUUAGGCUACCAAAUAAGUUAUCUUAGCAACCAGUGACAUUACAAUCGUCGUAUCCAUAGCAGCAAGUGCCAAACUUCAGUAAAAGAUAGCACAGUGUUUAAAUAAUAAAAGAAAUAUAAAACCAA